AUGGAGACGCCCCCCAAGCUUACACUUGGCGCCUGCGGGUGCUCUCGCAUCCUCAGGGAGACUACAGUUGCGGAGGCGCGCCAGCAGCGCUGCCGUUGUCUUUUAAACCGGCACUGACUUGGCAUCCGUGGCUGAAACCGGGUUUCCUGACUCAAAUGGGUGAUGAAAAGGAUUCUUGGAAAGUGAAAACUUUAGAUGAAAUUCUUCAAGAAAAGAAACGAAGGAAGGAGCAAGAAGAGAAGGCAGAGAUAAAACGCAUGAAAAAUUCUGAUGACCGGGAUUCGAAGCGGGACUCCCUGGAAGAGGGGGAGCUGAGAGAGCACCGCAUGGAGAUAACGAUCAGGAAUUCACCCUACAGGAGAGAAGAUUCAAUGGAAGAUCGAGGAGAGGAGGAUGAUUCCUUAGCGAUAAAACCACCACAGCAAAUGUCACGGAAGGAAAAAACCCAUCACAGGAAGGAUGAAAAGAGGAAAGAGAAACGGAGACAUCGGAGCCAUUCAGCAGAAGGGAAGCAUGCCAGGAUGAAAGAAAAGGACCGUGAACAUGAACGUAGGAAGAGACAUCGAGAAGAGCAGGAUAAGGCUCGUCGGGAGUGGGAAAGGCAGAAAAGGAGAGAAUUGGCUAGGGAGCAUUCCAGAAGAGAGAGGGAUCGUCUGGAGCAACUUGAGCGGGAACGGGAAAGGAAAAUCAGAGAGCAGCAAAAAGAGCAGAGGGAGCAAAAAGAGCGGGAAAGGCGAGCAGAAGAAAGGCGCAAGGACCGGGAAGCCAGAAGAGAAGUUUCUGCCCACCAUAGAACAGUGAGGGAAGAAUAUGGAGAUAAAAUAAAAAUGAGACCUUGGAGUCGCAGCCCGCUACGCCAGCAGAGAGACAAGCUUGAGCAAGGAGAUGGCAGGAAGCCAGUAAAGGAGGAGAAACCAGAAGAAAGAGACCUCCUGUCAGAUUUGCAAGACAUCAGUGAGAGCGAGAGAAAAACGAGCUCAGCAGAAUCUUCAUCAGAAUCUGCAUCUGAUUCAGAAGAGGAGGAAGAGGAGUCCACUAGCGAAGAAUCAGAAGAGGAAGGAGAAGAGGAAGAGGAGGAGGAGGAGACUGGAAGCAAUUCUGAGGAAGUGUCUGAACAGUCAGCUGAAGAGGUGAGCGAAGAAGAAAUGAGUGAAGAGGAAGAAAGGGAGAAUGGAAACCACAUUCCAGUUGUUACAGAGUCAAGGUUUGACCGAGAUUCAGCAGGGAGCGAAGGAGAAGAGGAGGAAGUCGGAGAGGGCACUCCACAUUCCAAUGCCAUGACAGAGGGAGAUUAUGUCCCAGAUUCUCCAGCUUCAUCUCCCAUUGAGCUAAAGCAAGAGCUGCCCAAGUACCUUCCUGCACUCCAGGGAUGUCGUAGUGUGGAGGAAUUUCAGUGUUUGAACAGGAUUGAAGAGGGAACAUAUGGUGUGGUGUACAGAGCAAAAGACAAAAAAACUGAUGAAAUUGUGGCUCUGAAGCGGCUGAAAAUGGAAAAGGAAAAAGAAGGCUUUCCCAUUACUUCUCUAAGAGAAAUCAACACCAUUCUGAAAGCGCAGCAUCCAAAUAUUGUCACUGUCAGAGAAAUUGUUGUGGGCAGCAAUAUGGAUAAAAUCUAUAUUGUAAUGAACUAUGUAGAGCAUGACCUCAAGAGUCUGAUGGAAACCAUGAAACAACCAUUUUUACCAGGUGAAGUGAAAACCUUGAUGAUUCAGUUAUUGCGUGGAGUGAAGCAUCUUCAUGAUAACUGGAUACUUCAUCGAGACUUGAAAACCUCCAAUCUACUGCUCAGUCAUUCAGGCAUUUUAAAAGUUGGGGAUUUUGGAUUGGCUCGAGAGUAUGGAUCCCCUCUGAAGCCUUACACACCUGUAGUUGUGACACUAUGGUACCGGGCACCAGAGUUAUUACUUGGAGCCAAGGAGUAUUCCACUGCAAUAGACAUGUGGUCAGUAGGUUGUAUAUUUGGAGAACUAUUGACUCAGAAACCACUGUUUCCAGGAAAGUCAGAAAUUGACCAGAUUAACAAAGUGUUCAAGGAACUAGGUACUCCCAGUGAAAAAAUCUGGCCCGGGUAUAAUGAGCUGCCAGCUGUAAAAAAGAUGACAUUCACAGAGUAUCCCUUUAACAACUUGCGCAAGAGGUUUGGGGCACUGCUGUCUGACCAAGGCUUUGAUCUCAUGAACAAGUUCUUGACCUACUAUCCAGGAAGAAGAAUCACAGCCGAGGAUGGUUUGAAGCAUGAGUAUUUCCGAGAGACUCCCCUCCCCAUUGAACCGGCCAUGUUUCCAACAUGGCCAGCAAAAAGUGAACAACAAAGAGUGAAACGUGGUACAAGCCCACGACCACCAGAGGGAGGCCUUGGAUAUAGUCAGUUGGGUGACGAUGAUCUGAAGGACACAGGCUUUCACUUGACUACCACAAAUCAAGGAGCAUCGGCAGCAGGCCCUGGCUUCAGCCUCAAGUUCUAAAAUUAGUGCAAGGAGAUUUAAAAAAAAAAAAAAAAGAGAGGUACUGAGACAGAGAUUGAGCGCUUUUGACUUCAACCGCGUCACUACUGGAAGUAGGUAGCCGGGUGUGCCAGUUCUGUUCCUCAUAUUGGAAAGGCACGAUGCUUUUCACAGAAACCUCCAGUUGUCCGUCGCUGGUUAGAAGGCGCUUGCUGAGUGUGGA